AUGGCCGUGGCACUGCGCGCACCAGUGCAAGGACUUCGGAAGCGUUUCCUGGUCUUCGUGGCCGCUGUCGCUGCCCUGGUGCAAGCUUGUGGCGUGUGCCCAAAUUUUUCAGUACCAGGUCUGGGCAGUACCGCCCAAGACAUCAUAAGCAUGACUUUCAAAGUCGGCAGAGAAGUGGAGAGGAGCUCCGAGUUUCCACGGCACGGCCUGGCGGAUGCCUUCCGUUGGGCCGUGGCCGUGACGCAGACUGAUGCCACUGCUCUCGGAUUGGGUUGUGGUUCGUGUGGAUAUCCGCCACAGCCGGCAGAAAUUCGCAAAAUUCUUGCUUUGACCAAGGAGCUUGAAGAAAAAAUGCAGUUGCUGGCAGCAGGAGUGGCGGAGGUUCAGCUGAUGCUGUCCCAAAACCAGGAAAACUUGGGCUUUCAAGAGAAGGUGCAGCUGAAGAUCAUCCAGCGAUGGCUGAAGCAUGGUCUUGGUGAAGAUGUUGAAGGUAUGAAGAAGCGCUUGCAGCAUGAAUCAGGCAUGUUGCAGUUCUAUCACAAAGAGUUGGUGGCAGAGCAGGCCAAAUCUCGUUGA